CACUUGUAAAGAUAAGGCGGCGGGAGGAAGAGAUAAGACGGGUGGUCGAGAAGCAGUGUUGCCAGAACAGCGGCCGGACCAGCACGACCAAGAGGCUUGAUGGUGGCCAGCAAGACGACCGGGCUGAUGACCCCCUGGUGGCUCGCCCUGCUGUGCGGGGCGGUCGGCGCCAUCGAGUACAUGGACUGCGAUUCCAAGUACAACUUACAGACCGUGGUGAUGAGCGGUUGUUCCACCGCGCCGUGCCAGAUCAAACUCAACACCACCGUCAACGUCACAACCCAGUUCAUCCCGGUGAGCGACGCCUCGAUGCUGAGCAACAACGUGUACUUCUCCCUGAACAACGCCCGCAUCGUGGCCAGCGUGCGACCCGACCCCUGCUCCAGCUUCGUGUGCCCGCUCAGCACCAAGCUGCAGACUGCCUACACCUACUCGUCGGAGGUGUUCGUGCCGGACAGCCUGCCGGCGCUGAGUGGCGAGUUGGCGUGGAGUCUGCAGGACGAGAAGUCAGUGACGGUUAUUUGCUUCCGAGUGGACAUUCAGCUCCUGCCGAACAAGGCCAGCAUCGCGAGUGUUUCAGCUGAAUCGCCACCUCAUCCAGCUGAUGGGAAUCAAUCCCAUCCUGCUGAUGUGAGCUCAAACAAUCCCUCUGGAGGUCAAUACGACCCUUCUGGUGGCCAUUAUAACCCUUCUGCAGGUCACUAUUACCCUCCCGGAGAAACUUCUGGUGGCCAUUAUAACCCUUCUGCGGGUCAAUAUUACCCUCCCGGAGGACCUUCUGGUGGUCACUAUGAUCCUCAUAAUCCUCCCAGACAGCAGUACAACCUUCACGGCACUACAUAAGCCAGUGCUGGACUGCACCCAGUCACACCACUUCAUCUCCUAUUCUAGGCACAUGUACUAAACAAAUGUUACUGUCAGAAUAUAAAAACAUAAAAUAACCAGAUAAUGUAAGCUUGCCUAGUUGUGAGAAAGGAUUACAGCAAAACAGUGAUCAUUAAAUUUUCAUACACAUACUAUUUCUUACUCUUAAAUACGUAGGCAGUUAUUUGUUCCUAGAUUUUUUAAUAGAGCUGCAAUUUAUGCGAGAUGCACAAAUGUAAUAAUUUAGUUAAAAUUUUGUGUAAAGUUCUAUAACUAAAACUAAUAAAGUUAGUUUAGUAUAAAUAUUGAAUAUGUAUGAUUGAUUAUUCCAUAUGUUCAUGUUGUGUGUUUAAUGUAAUGUUUCUAAAUUAUUAUAAUUACAUGUACAAGACUGAACAUUAUUUAUGUUAUUUUCAUAUAAGUGUAAUAAAACAUAUUCUCUGUGAAUAACCAUGGCAGUAAAACUUUUUUGUCAUAAUUCUCACUUUUAUACCAUAUAUAUGCCAUGAAGACAAACUGUAUAAUAGGACAAAGAGAGAGAGAGUGAGUGUGUGUGUGUGUUGUGUGUGUACACACACACAUACAUACAAACAAAUAAAACUACAGGUUGUUGAAAAAUUUGUUUAACAUUUGAGAGGUAAUGAGUAACUGAAAAACAGGUAAUUUUUGUUGACAUUCACCAGGUAAAAAACAUGAUAAAAAAAUUCAAGUAUCUUAAAUUUUUUUGAAAAGUAUAAAACUCUUUAUACUUAGCCUGCAAGGGACAUAACACUUUACAUUCAAACCUCAUCAAAUCAGAAUAUUUCACAGUUUAAUGAAAUUAAUCUAUGGCUGUUUGAAAUAUUUGUGGUUGUACUAUCCACCAGUAGUCUGAAAAGAGUUCUAAUUUUACUUCAACUUUUGAAAAAUAUUAGAGGAAAUAAAGUGAAUUAAAAAAUUCAA